AUGCCGGAUAUACAGAAUUUACCUGUAGUCUUAACACCUUUGCAGUCUAAGAAGGGAUUUGAUAAUGGGAACACACCAAACGAUGGAGACAGCGAUCCCAAUGAAGGCUUCUCCUACGAACACAUGGCCAUUUCUCUUGUCUUCCUCCGCUGCCUCAGCAAGGAGCUGCCCAGCUUUGAACUUCGUUCCGAGUACGACGCUGCAGGCAAAUUCGACGACGUCGUCGUUGAGUGGAAAUGUGCCAGAAAUGAUGGAACUGUUGGCAGGUACACGUUACUCGUGCAGUUGAAACACAAGAUGUCGCCGGAUUUUCAAGAGCUCAAAGAAGCCCAUUUCUUUUCACCUACUUACGCAGAAAAGGGCUUCAACAUUGAGAAGUACUAUGAAUCUUUUAAAGAGAUUAAGGGGAGUCUGAACGGCAGCCAAUAUGCGCUAGUGCUCUCAACUAACGCCUCCCUGCAUGAAAACGCGAGGUGUUUUUUUAGGGAGCCAGAGGCGAGCUCAGUCGUGGGGGAGGCAGACCUGUUAGAGACGGGCGGUGAGGCGAGUUCAGUCGUGGAGGCAGAGCUGCUACAGACGGGCGGUGUGGUGUACCAACUGAACCCAGACAACGAGAGGGUGCUGAAUAUGCUCUGGAAUAUCUACAGUGUCCCAGAAAGAAGAAGUGCGUAUGUGGACGAUGAGGCCUCUGAGGAUUCCAAAGAUCACAAGAGCAAGCCUUGGAGAAGAAGGACAGAGCUGCACAGUGCAAUACAGAAUGGAGACGAAGAGAAAGCCAGGAAGCUCAUUCGUGCUGGUAUAAAUCUCGAAGUCCAGGACGAAAAUGGAGAGAGUGCUCUGCAUUACGGAGCGAAAGCUGGAGCCUCGAACACGGUGAAGCUACUCAUUGAGGCUGGCGUAUCUCUGGAGGCCCGAGAUGACGGUGGACGGACAGCUCUGCACUGUGCCGCGCGCCAGGGCAGCGGGGUAUGUGCUCGGCUGCUGGUAAGUGGUGGUGCAGAGCUGGACGUUCGGGACCACACCGGCGCGACACCACUGCACACUGCGGCGGAAGCAGAUGCUGACGAAGUCGCCAGAGUGCUCACUCAAGCUGGUGCAGACCUCAAGGCGCGCGACAACGAUGGAAUGUCACCGCUGCACUACGCUGCGCUCCAGGGAAGCGUCAAAUGCGCUCGGUUGCUCGUUCGCAAAGGUGCGAGCGUACACAGGCAGGACAGGUUCGGUGCAACUCCUCUUCACUACGCAGGGGGAGGAAAGGUCGCGGAUGUGGUCAACAUACUGCUCGAGGCCGGGGCGCGACUGCAUCUUCGCGACGAAGACGGAAUGACGGCCUUGCACUAUGCUGCGGAUAAGGGCAGCGCAAAAUGCGUUUGGUUGCUCGUUAGUAGCGGUGCAGCUUUGAACGAGCAAGACAACUUCGGUAAAACACCCCUCCAUUACGCGGUAAAAGCGAAUUCCGCAGGCGUCGCCAAGUUACUUAUCGAUGUUGGUGCGUCUCUGAAGGUACGCGACACACACGGUAAGACGGCGUUACACUAUGCGGCACAUAAUGGUGGGGCAGAGUGCGCUUCGGUGCUGGUCAGUGCAGGAGCAGAUGUGAACGUGCGCGACAUAGCUGGCGCCACCCCUCUGCACUAUGCGGCGGAGGAAAACGCCACGGCCGUCAUCGAGCUACUGGUUCAGUCCGGCGCACGUGCGCACAGCCGCAAUGAGCACGGGGUAACAGCUUUGCACUAUGCUGCGUCUCGGGGCAGCGCAAAAGAUGCCCGGCUGCUUAUCAGAGAUAUCGUACACGUGAAUGCGCCAGACAAGGAUGGCGCAACACCUUUGCACUAUGCUGCACGUGCCGGUAAUACCGACUGCGCUUCACUCCUCGUCCGCGCCGGCGCAGACAUUCGCAUCCAGGACGCAGGCGGCCUGACAGCCCUUCACUAUGCAGCGCGUGCACCUAACCCACAAUGCAUUUUGUUCCUCAUACGCGCUGGAUCGAGUGUGGAUGUACGAGACAAGAAGGGCGCAACGGCACUCCACUAUGCAGCCAUGUCAGACAAGGCGAUUUCUCUCAGCAAGGAUGGGCCAAUUGACGGUGCGGCGGAAUGUAUCAAGUUGUUGCUGGCAUCGCGCGCAUACUCGGGCACCAGAGACGAGCAAGGGAAAACCGCGCUGCACUACGCCGUGUCUGCCAGGAAUUUGGCUUGCGUGGCGCUUCUCAUAGAUGCUGGCUGUGAUGUGCUGGCCACAGACAAAAGUGGCGAUGCACCGCUGCACUGUGCUGUACGAGCAGACAACUCAAUAUGCUUCACUCUGCUGCUACGUUCUCUUGCCACAAAUUCGACAUCUUGGAGAUAG